UUGAACGAAUAAAAAAAAAUUGAAAAAGGAUUUACAGCUUCCUCGUGUUUCGCAUUUUACUCGAUAAACCCGAAGUUAAACCCUAGCAAUUAUCCUAUUUAUUUCCAACAACCCUAACCCUUUUUUCUUCCAAAUUCGACCAUGAUCGAAAGCAUGAAGCUGUGCACAGCUCGAGGCAUCUCGAGUGUUACUUCGAUCCAGCCGAAGCUUCUCGCUCCUAAUCAAAUUCAGCCCGUUCAUUGCAACAAUCAAUUUCAUUUCGUGCUCAAGCAAACCCGAUUCAAUUCAGUAGGAUUGAGGUGCCGUACUAAUUUAUCUCUGAGGUCGUCAACCACAUCUGAGGAGACAGGGAGAACUCCCUACGAUGUGGAUGAACCUGAAGCUGAUGGUGAGAUAAAUGUGGAAACAAUUGAUCUUGGUGAAAAGAAAGAAGAUUACGAAACUCAGCCAAAUGAAGCCCCGCAAGAAGGUUCUUUGGUUGACAAUCUGCAGUUUUUGAAGUUCUUGGAGGAAUUUGAUAUAAAGUUUGAUUAUGAGGAUACUUCUUCAAUUCUUGUGUUUGGUGGUGGUGGUGCAGUCGCUCUUUGGCUAGCGGCAGCUGUGGUUGGUGCCAUUGAUUCUAUUCCUUUGGUCCCAAAAGUGUUGGAACUUGUUGGCCUUGGCUACACGGUCUGGUUCAGCUCUCGCUAUCUAAUAUUCAAGAAGAAUAGGGAUGAGUUGAUUGCUACAGUCGAGCAGAUUAAGCAGCAGGUGCUUGGUUCCAAGGAUAAUUAAUGCUGGAAUUAGAUUUUCCAACCUUAACUGUCUAGUUUUUUAUAUUGUUGGUCUCUUUCCUUAGCUCAGUGAAAUAUGUUGGAUAAAGUCUGUUAUUGUGGUGCAAAAAGAGGUUGCGAUUACUUGAUUAAAUUUGUAUCCUUCUGUACAAAGUUGUUGAAAAUCUAGACAAGCUAAAAUAUCUGUUCGAAAUACUUUGUAGGAUAUUGUUUUAAUACAAAAAACUAGAACUCAGAAAUUAGAACU